AUGACAUAUUUUCUCCUAAAAAUGUUAGAAGAUGACAAAGUUCCAAAAAUGCUCCGGAGAGUCCUUGUACAGCUGUCGCUGAACACUAUGAAAUCUGCAAAUAUAUGCAUAGGUCGUCCGGUCUUGCUUACCAGUGUAGAUGGAAGACAAGAGGUCUGUACUGCUUGGCCCACUGCAGGCUUUCCGGGAGGGAAGGUUGGACUGAGUGAAACCACGCAAAGGAACCUGAAAGUAAAUCCUGGUGAUGCAGUCUCUGUGCAGCCUGUGACUGGUGCAGUCAUCCAGGCAGAAGAAGUAGAUGUAAAGCUGAGGGACAAGGAUGCUUCUAUGAAUGCUGAGGAAAUGUCUGUCUGUCUACUGAGAAACCUAGAUGGGAAAGUAGUUUUGCCAGGAAACCUCUUGGCUUUCACUUUCUAUGGCAAACUUUGUAACAUCGUGGUGAUGAAAGUGAAAGGAACUGAUGGUGCAGAGCUGACCUCCUCAGGCAGUGCUAUUUCCAGUGAAAUAUAUGAGCCAGACCUUGAAAAAUCUGAGUUGGAGAAGAGUGCACUAGAUUUGUCCUUACAGCUUGGCAAGAUGGAGGUUGAUGAUACUUUGGAGUUUGCAUCUCCGAGCACACCAAACAAAGCGAUGGCUCCAGGGUCACCAGUUACACCCAGUUCUGCUCUGGUAGCUAGUGGUCAAGACUCUGGUCAGACAGAUAAACUGCACAGCAAGGAAAACGUCACAGACCUCACUGAUGAUUUGGAGUUAUCUGGGAAAGGAGGUAGUGAGAGACUCCCACUGACUGGCAAACCUGGAAUGAUAAGCAGUGCAGACGUUUUUUAUUUCAUUUCUUCAAGAACUAGAAUCAAUUUUAUUGAAACUAGGACUAGUGAGGCAGGAGAUGGUGACUGCGAAUCUCAAAUUACGUAUGAUAUGAUAGGAGGUUUAAACAGCCAGCUCAAAACUAUUAGAGAAACAAUUGAACUGCCGAUGAAGCAACCCGAACUGUUCAAGAGUUACGGAAUCCCUCCUCCUAGAGGAGUGCUAUUAUAUGGCCCUCCCGGUACUGGGAAGACUAUGAUUGCCAAAGCCAUUGCAAAUGAGGUUGGCGCUCAUGUUACUGUUAUUAAUGGUCCUGAAAUAAUAAGCAAGUUUUAUGGAGAAUCUGAAUCAAGAUUACGUCAGAUAUUUGCUGAAGCGUCUUUGCGUCGCCCUUCCAUUAUAUUUAUCGAUGAGUUGGAUGCACUCUGUCCAAAGAGAGAAGGGGCUCAGAAUGAAGUUGAAAAGAGAGUUGUAGCUUCAUUGCUGACAUUAAUGGAUGGCAUUGGCUCUGAGGGCAGUGAAGGGCAGCUUUUGGUACUUGGGGCCACUAAUCGUCCUCAUGCACUGGAUGCAGCUCUGCGCAGACCUGGGCGUUUUGAUAAAGAAAUAGAAAUUGGGAUUCCUAAUGCACAGGACCGGCUGGAUAUACUCCAGAAGCUUCUUAAGAAAGUUCCUCAUUCGCUCACAGCAGCAGAGUUGGUGCAACUGGCUGAUAGUGCACAUGGAUACGUGGGUGCAGACUUAGCAGCUGUAUGCAAGGAAGCAGGUUUGUAUGCACUGCGGAGAGCACUGGGAAAAAGAGCUAACCUGCUAGAUAACGAGGUGGCGGGGUCAGUGAUGAUUACUUUCAAUGACUUCCUGCAGGGGAUGAAUGAUGUCAGGCCCAGCGCCAUGAGGGAGGUGGCAGUUGAUGUGCCAAAAGUAUCUUGGUCAGACAUAGGAGGACUAGAAGAUGUCAAACUGAAAUUGAAACAGGCAGUUGAAUGGCCACUCAAACAUCCCGACUCCUUCAUCCGAAUGGGGAUUCAGCCACCAAAAGGUGUGCUGCUCUAUGGACCUCCUGGAUGCUCAAAAACAAUGAUAGCAAAAGCUUUGGCUCAUGAAAGUGGUCUCAACUUCUUGGCAGUGAAGGGACCUGAGCUAAUGAACAAAUAUGUUGGUGAGUCUGAACGAGCAGUGAGAGAGGUCUUUAGGAAAGCCAGAGCAGUGUCUCCUUCAAUUCUUUUCUUUGAUGAAAUAGAUGCCCUGGCAGUUGAGAGGGGAAGCUCUUCAGGUGCUGGAAAUGUAGCAGACCGUGUCUUGGCUCAAUUGUUAACAGAAAUGGAUGGGAUAGAACAGCUAAAGGACGUGACAAUUUUGGCAGCUACAAACAGGCCAGACAUGAUAGACAAGGCCUUGCUGAGACCAGGGAGAAUAGACAGAAUUAUCUAUGUGCCUUUGCCUGAUGCAGCCACUCGUGGGGAGAUCUUCAAACUUCAUUUUCAGUCCAUGCCGGUCAGCGAUGAAAUCUGCUUAGCGGAGCUUGUUCAACUCACACAGAAAUAUUCAGGAGCAGAGAUAGCAGCAGUCUGUAGAGAAGCAGCCCUUCUAGCUCUUCAGGAAGACAUACAUGCCGAGCGUGUAACGGGACACCAUUUUCGGUCUGCGUUGACUAUCGUGACCCCAAGAAUUCCUGAUUCCUUAAUCCAGUUUUAUGCAGAUUAUCAGCGGCAAAGUGGACUGCAUGCACUUUGAAAGGCAAAUAAAUACAUAUGCCCAUUCAGAGUAUGAAUAGCAAAUUUCCUUUGUAAAGUCUGCAAAAGCUAAAGAAUUUUGUAUUGUAAAUGGAGCGUCUGAAGUUAACUCAAGUGCCGGAUCUUCCUAAUAAACGCCCGUGUGGAAUUCCUGAGUGCAA